AUAAUUAUACAAAAUAUAAAUCCAUAUUUUGAGGAAAAUAAAUACAAAGAGUAUAUUUGAGAAUUAUCACAACUUAUCCUAACAACAAAAAGUUAAAAAAAAAAAAAAAAAAAAAAAAAAAAAAAAAUCUUGCCUAGCUACCUGUAUAUAUAGAGGCUUUUCAAAAACGAUAACAAAUUCCUUUUUUGUGUUUUAAGGUAACAAAUUAAACAACAAUUUAAGAAUCAAAGAUAGUGUACGCUAAUAUGUUUUGAUAACUUUUUUGUUUUGUUUUGAUAAAGGUGUAUGUUUGAUUACCAACAUGAGAAUCACCAAGACUCGAGCACACUUUGUUACCAAUUAUGCCGUGAAACUCGCCGUCCUGCUAAUCAUCACUUUACUUCUCUUCAAGUGUACCACCGUUGUUGCCGGUGCUGGAGCUCACGGUGGAGGAGGAGGUCAUGCUAGUGGAGGAGGUGGUCAUGCUAGUGCAGGAGGUGCUCAUGCUGUUGAAGGAGGAGGCCAUGCUGUUGAAGGAGGAGGCCAUGCUGCUGGAGGCGCUGGUGGCCGUGGAGAAGAAGAAGGUGGGCAUAUGAUCGGAAGAGGCGGCGGUAUGGUUCAUCGACCAGCGACAAGGAAUGGAGAGUCUACACUAAUUACUCCUUUUGCCGAUGGAUCUGCAAUUGUUUUCAUGAUCAUCUUUUUUCUAUUUAACUAGGGCUCAAUCAUCUUCGAUAAUUAAAAACUUCAGGAUUUGUUUUUGGUGAGGUUUUUUUUUGGGGUCAAAGAUUUUGGUAGGUUUAAGUUGUUUGAUUUUUAGUUUCAAGAAAGAUAUGUUUGAGUCUUUGUGUUGCUUAGACACAUGAGGGACAAUUUGGUAAAGAAAAGAGGUUUCCUUUGUUUGAGA